UAGUGAACUAACUGGUCGCGUGACAGCCAAGGCUCUAACGCUGCAAGAACGAGAAAAUUGCAUACUUGGGGCUUGUUGCGCCUCGAGAUAUAUCUUUUCAACUCCAACUCGACACAAGUUACGAGCAUCACACUGUCCGCGAUGAUUAGAAUGCAAACUGUCGUGGCUCGUACACCAAGUGCGCUUCUUACUUCUCUUGAUCGGUUUCAUUUGCAGUCCAAAGCGACAGCUGGUACGCUCCUGUUUGCCCUUGCUGCGCCUUCGGAAACUCUGUCUGUGAUAACCUCACAUUUAAAAUCACGUUUUCCUCGCCACAUUGGAUGUCUAUCGUCACCACUACCGGCGUACCGUUCGCACAUCAUGUGUGCUGUUGCUUUGCUAGACGGAAUUACAUUCCGGUCGACGAUUGCUGGUCGCGCCGAUCCUCAGGUUGGUCGAUGGCAUGCCGCAAGGCGCUCAAGUACACGACAACUACCUGCAGCACAGUCGAACUUUUUCGAGGAAUUUCACGGAGAUUUGGGCCGAAUUAACUGGGACGACAUAUGGGAUAAGAGCGCCACGUCUUCUCAGGAGAUGAUGCCUGUGGAGCUGAGAAUGGCGAGGCCUGAAGAUGUGUCUUCGAUACUAUAUUUCUCGGACAAAGCCCCGGAAGGCAUUGCGAAGGCACUGAAGGCCACUUUUCCGCAUUCACAUGAGCUAGGCUUUUUGGCGGCAUCGACUCCUUUCAUCACAGGUCGACCGGUGACGCUUUUCUACGACGGCGAGAUAUAUUCAGAUGGAGCAAUCGGAAUUGCCCUUCAGCCUUCUAUGGGUCAUACUUCGCUAACGGUCGAGUUUCCUGGUCUGGUCGAUCUGACUCCGGAUCUGCGAAUAACUAGCUCUGAGGGAAAUCUCAUAUUCACGAUUGAUAAUGGAAACCCUACACGUCUCCUCCUUGCUGCAAUGAACAAGCAUGGUUUUGACAGUCGUGACGUCCUGCUCAAGGACGAUGAAUUUUAUGUUGGCGUUAUGAGUAAUGGCAAGGUAGAACGAUUACACCGUAUAAUAUCGGGUGACCCUUCACGCGGCACCAUUGCCCUCGGGACAACUAGUGCACCACCGCAGGGUUCCAUCAUGAGAAUGUUAUAUUUGCCACGGAGAGAUGAAGCGGCCUUAAACUUGGAGCCAACGCAUAGAAACGCGUCCAUUUCGCUCAUUGCAACACCUGACUCCAUUGGUGGCGAGCCUCCAUCCUCAGUCCUCGAAAAUGACGUCCUGGUGGUUGACGGGAAUUUUAUUGCUGGGUCUGAGAAUGGGUUUGUGUUGAGAAGGGACGCCAAGGAGGAAAGCUGGCCCUGCACGCUGCCUGGUGGGCGGGCCCGCCUGUGUUGGGUAUGAAACAAGCUGCAGCCGAUGUCGAGUCUUUCUUCUGGCACAUUAAACCAACCAAGUUGCGAAAGUUCUAUUCAGCCGCACGCCACUGGUUUGAUCCAUCUAUUUCAGGUCUCCAUAUUAACUCUCAUGUCGUUUCUAUUUGUCCCGUCAUUGUCUGCGGUACUUCACCUUUCAUGAUAGUUGCAAACUAGCAUUAGACUUGAUGUAUUGGAUGGGGCUGAUUGGGCGACCCGUGAGAAACGGACAUUGCCGGGUUUCAGAUGGACAUGCGAACAAGAGGGAAAACGGCAAAUUCCGGAUUUCACUGACUCAAUGUGGUUUUUAUUUGUCAUUGUAUUGAAUCCACAUUUGGG